AUGGAUAUUUCAGGAAAGGCUUUCUUUAUAACCGGCGCCGCCCAGGGAAUUGGAAGGGCCUAUGCAGAAGCAGUGCUGAACAAGGGAGGAAACGUGUUUAUAGCUGAUGUGAACUCCGCAGUUGGAGAGAAAACUACUGCAGAUAUUCAGACCAAGCACGGAGCGGACAGAGUCAGAUUUGGAAAACUCGACAUUCGAGACAAAGAUCAGUUCUCUGCCGUCUUCAAAUCAGCGGUCACCAUAUUUGGACAGAUCGAUGUAAUGGUGAACAACGCGGGCAUCGCCCAUGAGAGACACUGGGAAAAGACGAUAGCCAUUAAUUUUAAUGGAACUGUUAAUGGAACGUAUUUGGCAAUGGAUCAUAUGCGUAAAGAUAAAGGCGGUAAAGGUGGAGUGAUACUGUGUACGAAUUCAAUAUCAGGUCUGUCCCCAUCUCCUCCGAUUCCGGUUUACAGUGGGACGAAGUUUGCAAUUAAAGCAUUCAUCAAUUGUUGGGCGGCCAGUCGGAAGAAUUCCGCCAUGGGCAUUCGGUUUGCGUCCUUGUGUCCAUCGGCGACUGAAACGCCUAUAAACGAGUUUGAACCUGGUCAGAUUGUCGACGAAGAAAGUCUUCUGGCUAUGCAUGCUGAAGUAGGAUACUUAAAAGUUUCAGACGUUGCUGACGCUAUGAUCAAGUUGGCAGAAGACGAAAACAGCAAUGGCAAAGCAAUGUUUGUCACGGCAGGGAAAGAACCGUUUUAUAUCUCUGAAAUCCUCGACCCGCCCAUCUGGAAAUACCAGAACCUGUAA